CAUGUCUUUCAGCAGCAAGACCUGCGAACCCAUCAAGGAACGCGUCAUGAGCAAACCCAACGGAAAGGCCGACUCAGCGGGUAAAUUCGUGGAGAAAGAUCAGAUGGUUGGACUUAAUGACAAGUUCGUCAAGUUGAUUGACAAGGUGAAGAACCUAGAGGACGAGAAGAAAAUACUUGAAACGAAGCUGAAGAUCCUCAAGGGGCAGGAGGACUACAGUGGGAACGUGAAUGCAAUUGUGAAGCAGGAAAAAAAUGACCUCCAGGAGAAGAUCGACAACUUGAAGCGUGACCAGGAAAAACUGAAGGAUGAGCUUGAAGACACGCAGAAGGAGGUGGAAGAUGCCAAGAAGAGCUAUGAGGAUGAAGUGACAAAGAGAACUGAUCUGGAGUAUGACUUUAUCAUUAGCAAAAAGGAGUUAGAUAAAAGCCAUCUGGAUUUGGUAGAGGAUGUUCUGGAGCUGGAGGACCUGACAAGGAAGCUGCAGUUCCUCAGGGCUGGCUUUGAUGAGGAGAUCAAGGAGCUGGAAUCGAUGGUCAAGAAUGAGACAGUGAUUAUUCCCAGCCCCAACAAACGUUCCCUGGACGUGACUGAGUAUGUUAAAACCAUCGAGAAUCAGUAUGCCAAUAUGGCUUCUCAUGGCAGGGUUGAAGCGGAGCAAUGGAAUCAAAGAAAAAUUGAGUCCUUGGUCCAAAGUGCAGGACAGAAGGAGCAGGCAGUACGUGACAUAAAGAGAGAAAUCUCUGACAUCUUGCGCCAAAUCCAGAGGCUUAGUGGAGACUUGGAUGGUCUGAAAAGAAAGGAAGAGUCCUUGAAAAAUGAAAUUGAUGAAACUAGAAAAGACGGUGAAGGAGAGGUGGAAGAGGCCAGACGUCACAUCAAGCUGCUCGAGGACAACUUGAAGUCACACAAGCAGGAGUUGGCCAGGCAGAUCCGCCAACACCAGGAGCUGCUGAAUCUCAAACUGGCCCUCGACAUCGAGAUCGCCACCUAUCGCCAGCUGCUGAUGGGCGAAGAGCAGAGGAUGGACAACCUCCAAGGUUCAGAUUUCUAAAAAACAAACAACCAAUCCAAGUCCUUACUUGCACGCAGAAGUUCACCUGCCAGAGAGGAAACACCGCAAAGAGGAAAAACAUCUGCCGGAAAGAGAAAACGUACGAGAGAAACACCUGCAAGAGAAGCCUCCAGCUGUCGAGUCCACCGUUGUCCCAAAUCCCAACGAAACCCUGGACCCUACGCAGGAACCCCCCACAGCAACCCCAUCUUCCACCCCCGCCACGAAGCGCUUGAUUAUCCGACUGCAGGUGGAAUCUGGAAGGAUUGUCUCCGAGUUCACCCAGUACUCUGAAUGAUUGUCUGAGGCCUCCUGCAGCAGUACACCAUAUCCGCGAAAUGUGAACAAAUUCGUUUCAAAGGAAACUAUACUAAACCUCUUGAUGAAAUUGAAAAUAAUAAUAAUAAUAAUCUCUCUUGUGUGUUUUCUGGUAAAGUGAACCUCUAACUGCAGCUUGAUGGCAGGCUGAAUCUUCUUGAAUCUGUGCUUGACUUGAUUUACAUCAAGCAGUGUUUUUGGAAAGGUUUUCUUAUCUUUGUUGGGAUGUGCAAUGCCUUUGGUGCUCCAGAGUUUCCUUUCAGCUUCUGUGUUAUUUCCUUCAAACAAUGAUGACCUAAGCACUGAGUUUUUAUUUUAUUGAUGCAAAAUUUUCCAGUGUGAAGGUUUGUUUUUAUUUCACGACAGCAGAAGUUAAGUGGAUAGGUCUGAGCAUGUGGGAGUGUUUCCGUUUGCUUGAUUCCUAUAUUUCCGAUAUGAAUCAGAACAUGCAUAUAAAAUAACAAGGAAAGGUUCUCAUGCCGGAACUUCAAAAGGUUCAAAAAAGGUUUUUUCUCCGAAUUGGGUGCUGUGUGUCCUGCAGUGUUGCAAUGCUGCAAGCUUGAAAUUCUCUGUUGGCUCUUGUGCUUAUGUGAGUCUUUAUCUUUUGUUGUACCUCAAAUCUUCCAAAUAAUUUACAAAUAAUCAAAUUUCAAGCUUAUGUGCUAAUAAAUGAAGCUCUAUGGA